ACUGUGCGAUGGAGAUAUCCGGUCGCGCGACAUUAUUCGAUAUCAUUUAAAAGCACUUCGGAAAUACCACAUCCCCGGACCACAUCAGAACCAAAUUAAAUUUUAUAACUUCUCUCGAUCUCGGCUGUCUCGAUACACAUGCUAUAUCUCGGAACAUAAACCAUUUAUCAUCGAAUUAUCGAAAACAUGAAUCAAUAUUUGGAGCUAAGAUACUUUGCAGAAUAAUUUUCUCCUUUUUGCGGAUUUCCUGUACACUUGCUUAGAAAUUUAGGAAGUUGCAUGCUUGUCUGAAACUACUUUCCCCCGGUAUCCAGCGGAAGAAGAGCUGUUACUGUUACUUCGAUCAAGAAAUCCUAACUUUUCUUUAUCAACUUUACUCAAGACACUUUCCUUUUCACCAACUGAGGUGAAAACGUAUUUUAUCUACUUGUUUUCUCGACAACUUUUUAGACCUUCCUGACGAUUAUGAAAAUGGGGCCAAAUGCGGUGAUUUCCGUCGCAUCUCUCUUAAUGACCCUAGUCAUAUCUAGCAACGCACAUCCCCAUCCUCCUUGCGAAUCGAUCACCGGAGGAGCAGAGAUCGUCGUCGAGUUCAACCCAGAGUCAUUCCUCAUCGUACCCGAGGAUGAUGAAUGCAUCGUCAAUGCCACCAUCUACGGCAUCAUCGGUAACAUCACGGUGUCGACGUCAAGCGGCGACUCGAGUUCGUUCGAGUCAUUCUUCAACGAAACGCAUAUCGCUAAUGCUGUCGAUGGCAAUACGACGGUGACGAUCCCUAUUCAAGGUCGGAAGCUCAGCGUCAGUACUCUCAUUGUGAACAUCACCCACGUUUACCAAGUCCUUGACGAUCACCUCUCUCCGAUCGAGACUACCGACGACGAUUCCAGCGGUGAUGGCAGGUAUGGUAGGGAAACACCCGUUCAGGAGUUUGUAGAAACAAUCUCGUUUACCUACCCGAUCAAGGUGUCCAGACGACGAACCCGUCUGGAGCUAGUCUUUACCUACAGUCUUUUAUUUUGGCUUGUAAUCUCUUACAUCACGAUGGGUUCAAAGAUGGAUAUUGUCGUGAUUUGGAAAAAACUUCGAAGACCAUACGGUGUCCUGACAGGUAUUGCCUGCCAGUUUAUCAUAAUGCCCUUGAUCGCCUUCGCUCUUGCAAACUCUCCAGGGAUCACUCCUGAAGCGGCGGUCGGUCUCCUAGUCAUCGGCUCCUGUCCCGGUGGUUGGAUCAGCAAUAUCUUCUCGCUCCUUAUGGACGUCGAUUUCGUCUUGAGUUUGACGAUGACGUUCUGUUCGAGCUUCAUGGCCUUGGGGAUGAUGCCGCUGAACAUGUUUAUCUAUGGCUCAUCGAUUACAGGGGAGAACUCUUCAGGUUUACAGACACCAUACAAGGAUAUAGCCAUGCAAUUGGGACUCAUGCUCAUACCCGUGGGACUAGGCAUGUUCAUUUCACACAAGAGCGAAAAGAUUGCUAAGAUCUUCCUGAAGUGUUUGAAGCCAAUGUCAUGUGGAUUGAUAGUCAUUGCCCUCGCCAUUGGCAUCCCCUCUCAAGUCUAUGUCUUUGACGCUCCCUGGAGGAUCUACCUCAUCUGCUUUGCCCUUCCUUUCUGUGGGGGUUUUCUCGGUUUCAUCAUCUCUAAGAUCCUCCGACGAACCACCAAAGAAGCCUUCACAAUUUCGUUCGAGACAGGCGUCCAGAACAGUCUUCUGGCUACCACCGUGGCAAAGCUCUCCUACCCGAUCCCCGAGGCUGACCUGAUCGCCCGUAUCCCAUUCCUAGUGGCCAUGCUGCAGUUGUUCCAAGGAACUGUUAUGAUCCUGGCCUACAUUAUAAUCCGACGAGUGCUCAUUCGUGUUGGGAAGAUAGCCAGACCAGAUACUGGUGACUACCGGCAAUGCGAUAUUGAAGCAAAAGAUAGCGAUGUUCAGAAUGAAGAUGGUGACGAAAAGGGUGACGAGCUCCAUAACGAAGAGAGGGAAGUACUCAAAAGACAGGACGUUGAAGACGACGUCGAAUUAAGAAUGGAAUCUGGUGAGAGGAACGGGUAUGUUAAGAUGAGAAAUGAGGAGCUAGACGAGGAGAAUGACGUCGACCAUCAAUGCGACAUCGCAACAAAGGCUCUUCCUGACAGCGGUGAUGAUGCCGAGGUGGGUGACGAGAAAUCCAUACAAGAUGCUGAAGCUAAAGAAGAGGAAAGACCAAAGGAAAUUGAGAAUCAUUCGAACAAAAAUGUGAAUAAUAACAGCGAGGUGCCGAAAAUUGACUCAAAUGAUGAUGCGUCAAACUGUCUUGAGGAGAAAAAUGACGUCAUAACUGACAAAUCAUCAGAUGCGCUGCCCGAACAUGAAAGUCGCAUUUGAAGAAUAGUUCGUUUUCUUGCCAUGUCUAACUAAGUAUUUAAAUAAUAGACUGCGGAUUAUCUGUUAAUGUAUCAAUAAUGUAUACGUCUUUUUAAGCGAUUCCAUUCUCCUUUUGGUUGAUGUUCGUUAUUCCGAAGGUUCCUUAUUCCGAAACAGGCAAAUUAUACACCAAGAUGUUCGUUAUUUCGAAUUUUAACAUGUUAAAGGGAUUCGUCAAUCAGAAUAUUUCUUGCAAUAUUCCGAUGGUUACUUAUUCCGAAGGUUUUUUUAAUCCGAAAAGAAAACAGGGUUUGUUAAUCUGGGAAUUUGAAAGUCCGAGAAUAAAAUAAAGUUCGUUAGUGCGAAAUGAUUAAUAGAUAUAUCUGUGGGCAUUACUUAGUAAUAAACCUCAUUUCGUUUCCGAAUGAAGAAUACUUAGGAACAACAAACCUUAUUUUCAGAAUAACAAACCUUCUGAAUAACGAAACUUGUGAUUAAUGAACCUUUGAAGUAUUCAAAACUUCGAAAUAAGGAACAUUCAUUGGCAUCAUUAUCGCAAGAUUGCUAUGAUCCUUUACAUUUUGCUACGAUUCAUGCUUCACUCGACAUAUGGAAUCAUUUUGUUAUUCGCUGAUAAAUGAUGUAAAUUCUCGAGAAGAUGGAAACCAUAAAGCUCCAUCUUCGUUGUGGUGUUGUUGUUGUUUUUUACCAAUAAUAAUAAUUAUAAUGUGGAUGUGGAAUGAUGUGGAAGCGCCGUGGUG